CGGGCAGUAUAAGUAAGUCUGUUGUACUUCAGAGUUAUUGCUAGCAGACUGUAGUGCCAGUUGGACAACUUGUAUGUGUCCGUGCAGUCGGGUGUAACCUUCUGGCCGUUAACGGGAGCUCUGGUUGUCGUGGUUGGUGUGAUGGAAUUGGACAAGAUGGACGAGAACGAGUGGAGGUAUCACGGCGAGGGGAACAAGAGCCUGGUGGUCUCACACGUACAGCUUUCCAUAGUCCUCCGCCUGCUCAAGUAUCCAGCCGAGGACUCAGAAAACCCACCACAGACGGUGGAGCAGGCCUUCAGGCAGGUUCAGAACAUUGUUGACUUCAGCUCCAACGUGAUGAGCUGCCUGCUGGGAGAGAAGUUCGUCCACAGCGGGGAAGUGGUCAAACUGCCACUGGAGUUUGUUCGACAGCUGUCAAUCAAAGUUCAACAUCAAAGACCAGCGUGGCGCUGUGAUAAGGUGAUGGACAUCUACAGCGGCUGCGCCCUCUGUCUGCCCAACCUGACCUCUCCAACCCUCCACCAGCCAACACACACUCCUACACUCUGCAUCGAGAUUAAGCCUAAAUGUGGUUUCCUGCCGUACUCCAAACAUGUCAGCCAAGAUAUCAAGACCAAAGUGUGCCGCUUCUGCAUGCACCAACACUACAAGGUGGCCAUGGGGACGCGGAAGAGACGCGGUCGGUACUGUCCUCUAGAUCUGUUCUCAGGGAACAGACAGAGAAUGCACUUUGCCAUCAGACAACUGAUAGACGAACCUCAGAACAACUUGAAAAUCUUCAAGGGGGGUCGGUGUAUAUUCAGCAGUAUGGACGGCAUUGAAGAUUCGAUGGACCUGAACUCUCUGCUGCAUCAUCUCAGACCGUACUUCCAGUACGGAAACAACCGAAUCAACAGUCACAUGACCAGCAAAGCUCUCCUGACCGACUUCAUCCAGGUCGUGGUGAACGCCCUGCUGAGUGCUGGAGGAGGAGAUGGAGGCAUGGGGACGGACAGACGAGGAGAAGGACGGAGCUUCUGUGAAGCGAGUCUGUUCAACAAGGAGAGGAGUCCCCACGGCUCUCAGGGUUCACCCAGCGACAGUGUUUUGUACAGAGUUCGUCAGACGCAGAUGUUGGACACUUUGGACAUCGAAGGUCUUUACCCUCUGUACCGCCGCGUGGAGCAGCACCUGCAGGACUUCCCCAAGGAGAGAACUCGUCUUCAGAUGGACGGGCCAUACAACGAGGCCUUCCUGGAGAAGCUGCAUAAAUGUCCCAGUGAGGACGACGGCUCUCUGGAGUACGCCGUCUCCAAGGUUCAUCAGUACCGAGUUGCCAUGACAGCCAAGGACAGCCAAAUCAUGGUUGCCCUGGUGCCCAGCUGUGAGGAAGAAGAGGACGAUGAAGGUCUCCCCGGUCAGCGGCAGCACAGGGACUUCCUCUCCUCCAGACCUCCCGCCUUCUCUUACUCCGUCUCCAUCUUGGAUCUGGACCCCAAGCCGUUCGACAACAUCCCCCGCCAGCUGCGCCUGGACCAGAAUAUCGUCUCCUGCUACCUGAGGAGUAGCUGUGCCUUGCCAAAGGGCGCUCUGCCCUCGCACUCUGGCAUCUUCACUGGUGCAGAGAGGGAGGACUGCACGCUACUCUUCCACCCCGUGUGAACGCCCGAUAAAAGACAGACGACCCUGAAGACUAACUGACACUGCUGCUUCACACGGAGACGCCAUGUUGAUGCAGAGGUCUGAAAUCACUUUAGACCACAGCUGUUAAUCUGGAAAACUUUACUUCAACACUUUCUGUUUACUCAGCUCAUGUUAAGCAACGUCGUAAUCUCCAGGAAGUCACCACACAGUUUAAGCGACUUCCGGAUAUUUCUGUUACUGAUUCUAGAAUUUUUUUCCAGAAACUUCUGGAUCCUGUCAGGAGGGGAAUCUGAGAUGUCUCUGUUCUGUCAUGAUUCAUAUUUAUUAGAAAACUUACAGGGGGCUUCGUUUAUUCCCUCUUUGGUGACAAAGGGUUCGGAUCAGCCUCCUGACAGAGCUUUUACAGUUGUCAUGAGAACAACAUGAUAGUUUACGUUCCCCAUGGCAACACUGAGAGAGAGAGAGAGAAAGAAGAGGAGAGUUAAAGCGAUGGAGAGCAAAUCAGGUAGUUGACGUACGUAUGAUGUCAUUUCCUGAAUGUAGGCGGGGCCUCUGGUAGAGGCAGAGCCAAUAUGAAUGUCCAGGUUGAACUGUAGCAUCACAAAGUGCUGCAGGGAUGACGUAUUUUUUUAGGCCAACCCAGAAGUUAACAAUUGCAUGGUUCCCUCGUCAAAAGGCCAAUAGGAUGUUUCCAUUGGCUUUUAUAUUAUUGCACAAAAUAAGCUAUGUGGUUAAAAAUGUUAAGUUCAGCAGGAUAACCUUCACAAAUGUGCACCAAUCUAUGAAUUCUUCAAGAAAAAUGCAAUCGGUAGACAUUUGCAUAUUUUAACAAAAGCCUUAACCUUUUGUGUGAUAUAUCUACAAGCACAAACACCAUCUCUAGUCCCAUUAAGCCACUUUUUAGCAACCGCCCUUUUUUUUUUUUUUUUAAUAGGACGGGUAAAAUCGCCGAUAUUCACCAGUGAAGUAUUAAUUUACACAUCCAAUGUUGAUGAACAAAAAGUGUAAAACUCUUAUUAACCACAGACCUUAUUUUGGGCAUCAGACCUAAACAUAUUCAUCAAAUCCAUUGACUUUAAGAUGAGGGAACCAGCAACUCACUUCCUGGUUUUCAGAUUCAUUACUGUUGCUCCAUGGUAACAGAAGCACUGGUUACCAUGGCUACAGCCACAGAGGAAGCGGCUGAGAGGUUUCAGUCCUGCGCUGGACUCCAUAAAAGUUUUCAGUCCAACUCCUCUCUCCGACCCCCUUUUUAUUGGAGAGGUGAUGCAUUAACUGGCUGUAUUGAAAACCUUCAUGAAGCCGGUGGGAGGAGGAACGUCGCCUCACCUCCAUGUUUGUUGUUUUCCUUUGACUCCUUUUGUUGGCGGCUAGCUAAUAUGUUCUUUAAUCACGCAUUUGUGCCACAAUGUUUUGGGAGUUGUGUCAUUAAAGGGUCAGUUCACUCAAAUGUAAUCACAACUUGGGUGAGAUCAGUUUUAGUUGUAUUGUCCAGGAGAUUUCCCCCUUUACUGCAAAAGAAUGAAGAUUAUGAUUCUCCCAGCUUUUUAUGAAUCACUUAAUCAGUGUCAUUGAUAAUCUUAGGGAUGAUACUGGAGAUAGUUUUUACACACUAACAUGAUUAAUCCGAAGGAAAAUAGUUUGAAUAAAACUAGAACACAGUUUCGUUUUGCGGUGAAGGCCGAAAUCUUAAAUGUGAACCUGGACAAAUAAAAGACACUCUGCAUGGAGAGAAGAGAGAAAACACUCUUUACAAGGUACGCCUCUACGAUAUACAGCUAUAUCAGCCCUGUUAUACUUUUAUGAAACCUAAUGGUUAUUCUUUGAGGUUAAACUGCUGUAUUCUUCAUGAGAGCUGCAAUGAUAAGUGAUUGAUACAUUCGUUGGUAAAUUCGUUUUUUACAUCCAAAAUGCAGUAAGAGCCGAUCAUAUGUGGAGAUUUUCUGGUUUAUAUUUAAAUGAAUAUAUUUCAAACUUUUCCCUGAAAAACAUGGCAUUUAAAGAUAUCACCUUCACAUUUUAAGAAAUUUGGAUAUUUCUCACCAUUUUCUCACCUUUUUAUAGAGACCAAAUGUGGCAGAUUAAUAGAUAAUGGUAACAAUCAUUAGCUGUAGUCUUUUAUUUGAGUGUACAUAUUGAAUUCAUUUGGGUAAACUGACCUCUGACCGCCCAGCUCUUGUACUGUUCGUGUCCAGCUGCCGUUUUGAUCCGCUUUGACCUUAAACCUCUUUUUGUGUUUGGGAAAAAGCACAUUAUUUUUUAACUCUUUGUUGGAAAAAAAACCAGCAAAUAAGUAAUUUGUCUAACACUCCUGUGUUUAGUUACCUGGUUAUGGUACGGUUGCAUUACACUUCUGUGCUGCGGAUAUUUCCAUCAUUUCUUAUUCACAAUUUGAGCAGAAAUUAUAACUACAAAUUCAUCCACAAAUGUGCUAUUUGGGUGCAGACUCACGGGUCAGAAUUCACCUUUUGACCUGUGCACUGACAGUGGGCCAAUCAGAAACACGGAUGUAAUGUGACCGUACGCUUGCGGAGCAGGAAGUGGAGCAGAGGAUGGUAAAGCCGCUGGCUAACAGUUUCCUUCACGCUGCUGCUCUGCUGGUUUUUGUGCCAUAAGUGGCUUGUUGUGCGUUCGUCCAUGUGCCUAAAUGUUCUGGUAGGACUGGAGUGGAGUGGGGAAUGGUGGUGUGUGUGUGUGACUUUGUUACAGGAUGUGUCCACACACAGCGAAACAAAUCUGUGUUAGUUUGUUCACACUGACAUCAGAUCAGUUCUGCUGUCAGCCGUGGACUCUCAGUAUCUCAAACUCCUGACGAACUGAAACCAAGCUCAACAGGGUCGUCUGAUGUUUGCAAAAUGAUGCGUUUAGGGGCGCUGGGAGGUUUCUGAGAGCGUGUUGAUGACUUCACGGGGAGAUGAAACUUAAGUGCUGAUGUUUGUGUUCAGAUUAUCUCGGGUCUUUUGUCUCCUGGUGAUGUCAGCGCCCUCUCCAACCAGCAGUGCUCAGGGAGGCUUGAAAAUAAACUGGUAACACUUGACUUCAGUUCCUAGUUACAGGGUCCAACCUCCAACGCCUCCAUCAGCCAAUCACACAUCACA